GCGUGCGACGGACAGCAUGUCAUGACCUACAGACGGGACUGUUCUGUGACAUUGUAAAGUUUAGGACUGACAAGAAGUCUGGUUCGGACAUGGCGGGCUACAGCCCCUUUCUCCACACAAGACGGGUGCCUAUAGUGAACUAUAUCCGUGAAAAUAACCGUCUUCUUGCCCAAGGUUUUCGGCGAGAACUAGUGACAAAGUCAGGGUGCCGAGAGCAGUCGCCAUCAUGGCGGUCAGUCGCGUACAAGUUCUUCUUCCCGAGUCUUCACGACAGUGUCGUGUCUAUCGGCAGGUUCCUCGCGCAACAGUUCAACGUUUACGCCGCCCAGAGAAUCCGCAGGAUGGGGCAAGUGUGGAGCCUCUACAGGGACAUUUAUAACGACAAGACCGUGAACUUCAUGGUGUCGCGGUUCGGCCGGAGGCUGGCGAAGUCGGAGAGAACGCGCCGUUGGUACAUCAUGUUCGGAGCGGUGUGCUUCGCCUGGGACAAGGAAAGAAUCACGGACCAGGAGCUAGACUGUUACAUCCAGGAUAUGUCGGAUGUCCAGAGAAUGAAAAACAAUGCCAACAACAGAAAUAGCAGUCAUCAGACCAACACAGAGUUGGACAACAGAAACAGCACAGAUGUGGAUAGCAGGAACAGCGAUAUCAGCUGUUCCUCCUUCCUGAAUAGCUGGGAGAGGGUGAUUGACCGGACAGAUCUGAAGGUGUGGAGAAAACCCAUGGAGGGCAGCAGUCUCUACCAGUACAAAGUGUAUGGAACCUUCCAUGACAUCUCAGCUAGGACCUUCUUCAAUGUUCAGCUGGACCUGAACUAUAGAAAAGAGUGGGACAAACUGGUGCUGAAGCUGGAAGUGAUUGACAGGGAUGAUAAUGAUGGGUCAGAGGUCGUCCACUGGGUCAUGCACUAUCCGUACCCGAUGUACAGUCGAGAGUAUGUGUAUCUGAGGCGACACAAAGUAGACACUGAGGCAAACAUCAUCGUUCUGGCAUCCAGGUCAGUGGAGCACCCUGCCUGUCCAGAAAGUAACCAGUACGUGCGUGUGGCCACCUAUAGUUCCAACAUGGUCAUCAAGCCACACAGAACAUUUGACGAGGAUGGGUUUGACUACAUCCUGACUUACAAUGAUGACCCCAAGGCCUUCUUCCCGUCAUACUGUAUCAACUGGAUGGCAAGCUCUGGACUACCAGACUUCAUAAGCCAGCUGCACCAGGCCGCCUACAAUGCCAGCCACAAGGGCAGCCGGGGCUGUCUGGGGAACCUGGCAUCCCACCCUGACGCAGGCCGGGCCAUGGCCAACUGAACCUAUCACCACACACAUGUCAACUUGAAAGUUCAUCUGUGUUAGUAGAAGUCAUUCUGAAUCAAGGUUGAACUAUGAUUUCCAUCACACACACUAAAAAAUAGUCUCAUCCCAUAUUUUCAACUGAAAUGCUUGACAAAUACUGAAGUUCAAGUCAAUAAAAAAUUUGGGGUUCAACCUUGAUUCAGAUUGUCAAAGCUCAUAAUGACAAACAAGAAAACAGUUCCACUUUCAAAGUGUCCCCUCAGAUGUCAAUGCUUGCCAGGGUUAAUUAAAAAGGCAUGAUACAGUGAAUGUGCAUGACACAGCAAUAACACAAUGGCUGGACUUUUUUUCUUAUUUAUGCUUGACAUUUACCAUUGACAUAUCUUCUAAGACUCAAGACAUUGAAUAGAGAUAUCCUCUAAGACUCAAGACAUUGAAUAGUACUGUCAAUGCUUGUAUUCAUCCCUUGCAUCAUGAUAUUUUGUUACAGCUGUAUCAUGUUGUCUUCGGCAAAAUCCCUAUUCUUGCUUCUUCCCAUAUCUUGUUCAGUCCAAGCACCACACUACAUUUAGAUGUAAUUACUGUACAGAAUAUUAUUAUAAUGUAGACUUUAUUCUCAUGGACUUUAUUCUCAUGUGGAGCAAUUGUACUUAAUGGCAGUUCAUUAGUCCCAAUGUGUAAAACCACUGGUGGAGUCACUAAUGUUAGUGUGACCUACUAGCAUGUUCUUCCAUUGUACAUGUGGGCUUGGUGCCUGUGAAAGUGAUCUGGAACCAGUUAAAAAGCUACUGUUCACGCUACUGUGACUGUACAUGUUCAGUUGGCUUGGUGCUGGUCUGUUUUCAUGCGUUCCAUACAUAGUGGAGUUGACAAAAAAUUAUGUGGGAGUGUACUUCUCACAUAGAAAGGCUGCACUACAUUAGUGUGAAAAGGCUGCUAUGUUAGUGCUACCUGUCUAAGAUGUGUAGUUAUCAAGAAGCAUGUCACUGGUGCCAUGCCUAAAACAGAUUAGAUGACAUGCUUGCCAGAAGCAUGUUCUUGUUCUCAAAAAAAAAAACAGCAUAUCACAAACAAUGGUUUCUCUGAAGGGCAUAGACAAAGUGUGCUAUAUGGGUCUGGCAUCCAGGCUAGGCUAGUGUAUAUACCAGAUGCACUUCUCAAGAAAACAUUAAAUGCAUGUAGACUUGGUGUAUGCCUUAUCGAAUACAAAGCAGUAGUUGCAGAA